AAAUUUAUUUGGCUGUCUGUACCUAGCAAGUACUCUGUGUGUACUCCACUAUGCGCUCGUCAUAAUCUUUCCAUGUGCUCACUCUCUAUAUAAACCCUCUCUUCUCACACACUCUCUCUCUAGUUUCCUAUUUCAUCUCUCUUCAAAAACCACCGGAGAAAAAAAAAACAAAAAAAUGAAGCAUCUCAUCCGCCGCCUCUCACGCGUCGCCGACUCAUCCACAGAAUUCUCCCUCCGCAGAUCCACCUUCUCCUUCCGCAACCGCCGCGGCCACCACCGUCUCCACGCGCAGCCGCCGUGGUCGAUUUGCCAAGCGAGAAGAGUCAACACCGUCCCUGCAGGUCACGUUCCCGUCUACGUCGGCGAGGAGAUGGAGAGGUUCGUUGUGAGCGCGGAGCUUCUUAACCAUCCGGUCUUCGUUGGACUUCUCAAUAGAUCCGCUCAGGAAUAUGGCUACGCUCAGAAAGGAGUUCUCCACAUCCCUUGCCACGUCAUCGUGUUCGAGCGCGUGGUGGAAACGCUCCGGUUAGGAUUCAACGAGUCUGGUGAGGUUCAAGAACUCGUCGCGUCGUUGUUGUUAUCUGGAGAUGAGGUGAUUCCUGGAACUACUGAGUAGCUUUGAAAGCAUCCUAACUGCGAAAUGAUGUUUUCUCAGCUUUAAAAAAAAAAAAAACAAUUUCAUCUUCAUUAAUUUCCACGAUUUUGUAAAUACUAUAAUACAAGUUUUUAUUUGCUAUUUUUUAGAUGAUUUGAUUGUUGUCAACUUCUGUCUUUAGCUUUGAUUGAGAAACAUAAGUUUCGUUUAGACCAAACUUAACUCGGAACUGAAUAAAGAUCUCCGACCACUCUGUAAAUGAAACGCCUCUUGUGUCUUUUUUUUUUUUUUUU